AAAAAGAAAAGUGGUGUUAUAACAGCAGCAUCCGCAAAGGUCAUGUACAGCACGUCUACUCAACACCAAAUUAGCAGCAGCAAGGUACACACGGCGAGAAAUGUCGAAAUGGGGGAAGAGGAAGGACGACGAAGAGUACGCCUCCGAAGGCGAUGCUCCCCCAAAGAAAACCUCCAAGAAGGACUCCACUGAUGACUCCGACGACGACAUCGUCGUCUGUGAGAUUUCUAAGAAUAGGAGGGUGUCGGUGAGGAACUGGCAAGGAAAAGUUGUGGUUGAUAUUCGCGAAUACUAUGUCAAAGAUGGGAAGCAAAUGCCUGGCAAAAAGGGUAUUUCACUAAGCAUGGAUCAGUGGGAUGUACUUCGAGAUCAUGUGGAUGUGAUUGACAAGGCUGUUGCUGAGAAUAGCUAGGAUGCCAGUGGUUAUGGGUUUUGCAUAAUAUGACUGAAUGAAGUAGAAAUUGUAAAUGGAACUGCUGUUUUUUGUCGUCAAGUAACUGAAACGGAAUGGUGAAAUGAUCGUGCCCGUGUUUUGCUUACUUUGGAAGUGUAACGAAGGAAUUGAAACUAAGUAAUGUUUAGGUAACUUGAUAAUACAUAUUUAUGUGUAAGGCGCAACUUGACUUGUAGUGUCUUGUUAUGUUAUGUUGGCUGGAGUUUUUCAACAGAAGCACUCUUUUGUCAAUCGUCUGGAGAACUUUUGACCGUUGCUGAUGCAUUAUCAAAAUAUUCAGUCAGCUACUACCACCAAGCUGGUGCUAUAGUUUUCUUGCUUUCAGGCAUUACUUUUGGUGGGUUUUACUAAUCCCUUCGAAUUGCAAUUAAUCAAAUCUGUUGAACGUUGUUUAGCAUUGUUGAUUGAUUGUGUUAGUAUCAUGUUUGCUGACUCCUAACUUGAUAAAAUAAUUUGGAUUUGUUUUUUCUUUACUCCCGUUCUUAAAAUUGGACGGUUCCAUGCUCUGAACUGGCACAAAGCAUUUUAUCAUAAUUUCAUUUUUUUGAAACUAGUAAUUUCUUUGUUGUUGAUCAUAGUAGUGAUCUAAAUAAAUGCUUGGGACGUUUGAAUGUUGCCACGCUGGAUCUUUUGGUGGUGGUUAUUUUGCUGGAUAAACCUACUUGAGAACACUGUAGGUGACCUAGCUCCAACCUGGUUGCUUGCUUGAUUUUAUUGUAGCCUUUGAAUUUUAGAGAGGAUAUGUAUAUAUAUAUAUAUAUAUAUAUAUAUAUAUAUAUAUAUAUAUAGUCGGUUGUUUCGUUGGAGAAGGAAACCUCCCGGGUAGGAGGCAAGUAUUGUCCUUUUUAUUAAAUGUUUUUCUGGUGGAUCUUCCCCUCAUAAAUCCAAAGGCAUUGUUGGAAUGGAGUUGAUUCCUUCCAAAUUUGCAUGGUUCAUUGAAACCAAUAAUAAAAACAAAAAGAGAGAAUUCUACCAAAUAUCAAGUCUUUGAAAUGCAAAUAAAAUGAAAUUCCUUAAAAUUCUUGCACAACAUUUUAGUUAUCCAAUCUGAAUUAGCUAAAAGUUUAGUUCCUCUUUCCAAUAUAUUGCCACCAUUAUUAACUAAUGGGAAAGUAACACGUGUAUGUGUUUAUAUGAACUAAACAAACAAGUACAUGUUAAAAAAUACUUCAAAUUUUGAUUGGAACAUUAGGAUUUGACACAAUAACAAAUAGAUAACGUACCAAUCCAUAAUUUUGAGCUAAUGAUAGGUUCCCAGUUCAUCAAAAUAUAAAUGCUUAAGCAUAUCGGCUGGGGGGAAAAAAUAAAAUAAAAAUAAAAAUAAAAAAUUGGUUCUGUUUCAUUUUAUAUUAAUUUGAAGAGACCAAACAAUUUGGCUUCCUGGAGGCUGCAUAAACAAUACACACUUCUUUUAUCCCCAUGUGGGAAUAAUUACCAUCGACCCCUUUGAUGACUGGCUUUUAACACAUCUCCCCCACAAAUUUACC